AACUUCUUUCUCGUUAUGUAUCGUAACAUGAUAUAAAUAUUCAAGAAAUGCUUGAAAACAAACGAAAUUGUUCUUACAUUUUUAGCAAAGUUGUGAUUCAAGCAACUGACACCGGUGUUAUGCUGUUAUCGAUUGCAAAUGCAAAAAUCCAGUAUAAGCUUUUACAUGCAGAUCUAAAUCUCCGAUUAAUGUUAUCUGUGACUUUUAUAGACCAACGCUCUGAAAGUGACGCAAUAUUUGGAUAUUUACAAGAGCGCCGAUUUUCGUGGGAAGACUUCGCAUUCGGUGUUUACGCUCCGGUAGAUGAAGAGAGUCGUCCAGAAUUUCAAGAUCACAGACGCUUUCCUUGCAUUACGAAAAUACGAUUACCACGUAAAGAAUUGGAUGACUUAAUACAUGAUCUUUUUGCAGCACGUCAGUCGCAUUGUUCUUUGUUGCCAUUAGAUACAAUAUCAUCAUCAAACUCAAAUGCAAUAUUUUUGAAUCACCAUGACUAUACUGUCCAAUAUGGUAAAACCGUACGUUUAAUGAGAUUGUUAACAAGGAAUUCACGGAUAUUAAUGCCGCUGACGGAAAAACCGUACGGUACACUUAAUGCGACUGAGCGUGAACGAUCUGCGGAUAAUACGGUCUGUCGCAAACGAAAGGAACAACCAACCAUUGACAUUAUUGAUACAUCAACUCAAGAACGACGAAUAGUGAAACGAAAACAAGAGGAGACCGAGGGAAAUUAUGGUAGAGAAAACAAUCAUAAUAAGUCAGCUGCAGGUGGCGAUUGUCCGCCGUAUCUUUAG